AAACUGCUCUUUGUUGUAGCCACUGAACAACCCACACUUCCUCCAGCUGUGCUGUUAUACUGCACCAUAGAUCAAGCAACUAUUGUCCUUGACCCCUCCAUUCUAAAGGCAACCUCCUUGUAGUGAUUUCAGCAGAAAGCACGUUUUCACCAUUAUAUAACAAACACGAUCAGUCAAACAUUAUCAAACACAAAUAAUAUAAGAUGGAAGAUUUGGAUGUGUGUGCUUUAUGACGAUGGGGAAGUGGUGCUGGCUAAUUAUACACACAAUGGGCUAACCCAGACACCUGUUACUUUCAUCUCAUCCCCUUAGAGCUGAUCAUCAAUGUUACACUUCUUUCAGUACUCGAUCUUACUAACUAAAAGCAGGACCUCUUUUAAAUCACUCAUGUGAACAAUGUUCUUCCAUCUGAUGCAUGUGGCACUGCUUGGCCAGUGGUGUGUUCUCACCAUAUCAACAGCUAGCGUUUCUUAUCCCAAAACUCUGCCCUGUGAAGUUAGAGAGACCAACAACGGGAGUGUGGUGACCGUGGACUGCACUGAGAAAAGUCUCAAAGAUAUCCCGCGUGGCAUCCCCAGAGACACUACCAAUCUGACGCUCACCAUCAACCAUAUUCCUAAAUUGAACUCCACCUCCUUUCAUGGUCUGGAGAACUUGACUGAAAUAGACAUGAGAUGCAACUGUGUGCCCAUCAAAAUCGGGCCCAAGGACCGCAUGUGCACAGAGAGUGUGAUCAUAGAGGAAAACACCUUUUCCAGCCUGAGGAACUUGCGAGCAUUGUAUCUAGAUGGCAAUCAACUCUACAGUAUUCCUAAAGGCCUCCCUCCAAACCUGAUCCUGCUGAGUUUGGAAGUGAAUCACAUUUUUCAAAUUUCAUCGGCAAACCUCUCUGAGAUUAGAAAUAUAGAGAGGCUUUACCUCAGUCAAAACUGUUAUUAUCGUAACCCAUGUAAUGUUUCCUAUGAAAUAGAGGAUGAUGCAUUUUUACAGCUUAACAAUUUAACGUUGUUAUGUCUUAAGUCCAAUAACCUAUCCUUCAUACCACAUCAACUACCCACGAGUCUGAAGGAGUUGUACCUCUAUAACAACAACAUUCAAGAAGUCACUGAUGAGGAUUUCAAAAACUUAACUAACCUUGAGAUUCUAGAUGUUAGCGGAAAUUGUCCUCGGUGUUACAACGCUCCUUUCCCAUGCAAUCCGUGCCCAAAUAAUUCCCCACUUAAAAUCAGCAAGACAGCGUUUAAAAUGUUGACAAAGCUAAAAACGCUGCGCCUGCACAGUAAUUCUCUAACAUGUGUGCCAUCUGAGUGGUUUGCCAGCACAUUAGAGCUAAGAGUUCUUGAUCUCUCAUCCAACUUUUUAGCAAGAGCGAUAGGAGUCACAGACUUUCCACAUUUCCUGGGCAAACUGGAAGAACUGGACCUUUCAUUUAACUAUGAGCUUCAGAGGUACCCUGAAACACUGAGACUGAGCUGCAAUUUCUCAUCCCUCAAAUCCCUUCGAAUUCUCAGACUGAAGGGCUUUGUGUUUCAGCAGUUAAAGCCAGAGAGCAUUGCUCCUUUAAAACCUCUAACAAACUUGGAGGUUGUGGAUCUGGGUACAAACUUUAUUAAAAUGGCAAACCUUAGUAUUCUGAUGGAAUUAAAAAGCUUUAAAAUAAUCAGUCUGUCUGACAACAAAAUAUCAUCCCCCUCUGAUGGCCAAGAUACUGUCGGUUUCUCUGGGGGAGAGCCCUUGUACAGGUCUCCCAUGUCGCCUGCAGAUCAGUACCAAAGUAAGGAAGUGAGAGAGAUUCAUUACUUUAGAUAUGAUGAAUAUGCUCGCAGCUGCAAAUACAAAGAUAAAGAACUUGGAACGAUUACAUCCUUUGUCAACAAGAACUGCAGUCAGUUUGGCAAAACCCUGGAUGUAAGCAGAAAUAACAUAUUUUUCUUGCAUUCAAGAUUUCUAAAUCUCGGAGAGCUUAGAUGCCUGAAUCUGUCUGGAAAUGCAAUGAGCCAAAGUCUGAAUGGCUCUGAAUUUAGCUAUCUGACUAAUUUACAAUAUCUGGACUUCUCUUCAAACCGCCUGGACCUGCUCUACUCCACAGCAUUUCAAGAGUUAAAAAGUCUGGUCAUCUUGGAUAUAAGUUACAACAAUCACUACUUUGAGUCGGAGGGCUUGACUCAUAUGCUUAAUUUCACAAAAAAUUUGAAAAAUCUCAAGAUAUUGCUCAUGAACCACAACCAGAUCUCUACUUCCACUAACACAGAGCUAGAGAGUGAAUCUCUAGAGAGGUUAGAGUUCAUAGGUAACCGGUUAGAUAUGUUGUGGAGGGACGGGGACAUUAGGUAUGUAAAUUACUUCAAGAAAUUACAUAAUCUGACUGUACUUGACAUCUCUCAUAACAAUCUUAAUUUCAUUCCACAAGAAGUGUUCAGCGGUUUCCCAGACAAACUGUCUGAGCUCUACAUCAAAAAUAACAAACUUAAAGAUAACUCCUUUGAUUGGGAGAAACUACAACUUCUAAAUUCUUUGCAAGUCUUAGAUCUCAGUGGGAACAGCUUAACUACUGUUCCGCCUAUGCUGUCAAUAUGUACCAAAUCUCUAAAGAAGCUCCUGUUACAUAAAAACCAGAUCCUAAAACUCACGCCAGAUUUUCUCAAGGAUGCCUACAACUUACAAUAUCUGGAUCUUAGUUUUAACCACAUACAGCACAUUGACAAAUCUAGCUUUCCAGAUGAUGUCGUCAACAAGAUGAGAAUGCUGCUUCUGCACAAAAACAGAUUUGUGUGCACUUGCAACUCUACUUGGUUUGUCACAUGGCUCAACAGGACCACAGUGCCAAUCCCACGACUGGCCACGGAUGUUACCUGCGCUAGCCCAGGGGCACAAAGAGGUCAUCCUGUGCUCUCAGUGGACCUGCUGGCCUGCCAGCACAACUACCUGUCGAUCAUCCUCUAUAUACUCAUGACUUCCCUUGUCCUCAGCUUCCUCACCCUGUCAAUCUCCAGCCAUCUCUUCCUGUGGGACGUCUGGUACGUCUACCACUUCUGCAGGGCAAAGCUCAAAGGUUAUGGCCGCCUGUAUUCCCAAAGCUCCACCUAUGAUGCCUUUGUGAUAUAUGACAAGGAGGAUGUGGCGGUAACAGAGUGGGUGAUGAAAGAAAUGGUUGCUCAUCUGGAGGACCAUGGAGACUGCCGGCUGACGCUUUGUCUGGAGGAACGGGACUGGAUCCCUGGAUGCCCCCUGAUCGACAACCUCUCCCAGAGCAUCCACAACAGCAAGAGGACUGUGUUCAUUCUCACCAGCAAAUAUAUAAAAAGUGGCAACUUCAAGACAGCUUUUUACAUGGCCCACCAAAGAUUAAUGGAUGAAAAAGAUGAUGUCAUUGUACUGAUCUUUCUGGAGAAAGUACCUUGCAACUCAAAGUACCUGAGAUUAAGGAAGAGACUGUAUAAGCGCUCUGUGAUGGAGUGGCCAACAAACCCUCAAGCCCAGUUGUACUUCUGGUUCAGCCUGAGAAGUGUAUUGGCAACUGAAAGUCACAAACAAUACAACAAUCUCUUCAAAGAGACACUGUAAAACAAUAUACUGUCAUACUUACUUCCUUCUUAAUUAGAGAUGGCACUGAAUGUACAUCUG